UCGCCAACUGUCGAUUGACUCUGCCGUCGAUGUUAUUUUGGACUGUUAGAUCCUUAUUUUGAUCUAAUUUUUGGUGUAUGCGAUACGCGUUAGAUUUAUAUUCUAACCCAUUUCUAAAUUUAUUGAAUUAUAACAUUACAAAAACAAAAUGUCGAGUACAUCACAAAAACACAGAAACUUUGUUGCCGAGCCCAUGGGUGAGAAACCUGUCACAGAUCUUGCCGGCGUGGGUGAAGUUUUAGGUAAAAGACUUGAUACAGCAGGAUUUGAUAAGGCAUAUGUGGUUCUGGGACAGUUUUUAGUUUUGAAAAAGGAUAAAGAACUUUUUCAAGAGUGGAUGAAAGAGACCUGCAGUGCGAAUUCAAAGCAGUCUGCUGAUUGCUACCAAUGUCUAAAAGAUUGGUGUGAUGAAUUUCUGUAAAUCAUUAAUUUUUGUAAUUGUGUAUAAUAUUUCGAAUAUUAAUAUUUUUUUACAAGUUGUACAUACAUGUUAAGUGAAAUGAGGUCAAUUUUAGACAUCUUAAAAUAAUAGACAUUAUGAUAUUUAAGUAGUUUCUGUAUGUGUGUGGUUUUUUAUAGAUAAUUCUUAUAUUUUGUCUCAUAAUUAAU